AUGGCUCCUUCCGCUAUCACGCCCCCUGCUACCACUCCCUCCAGCCCAACCGGCAAGUGGGAGCGUCCUAUCCCUACCAAGAAAGGCUCCGUUUGCUCUGUUCACUCCAUCGAGCUGAACGACGGAAACUUCAUCCCCGCGGUCGCUCUCGGCGUGUACAAGGCUCCCAACGGUCAGGAGACCGAGGACGCCGUCACCGCCGCCCUCGAUGCCGGCUACCGUCACAUCGACUCUGCCGCCCGCUAUGCCAACGAAGAGGCUUGCGGCCGUGCCAUUCGCCGCUGGCUCGAGCGUACUGGCACUCCCCGUGAGGAGGUCUUUGUCUGCUCCAAGCUCUGGGACGCCGACCACGGCUACGAGGCCACUUUCGAGGCUCUCUGCGCCUCCCUUGACAAGUUUGGCCUCGACUACCUCGACCUCUACCUCCUCCACUCCCCCGCUGACGACGACGAGAAGCGCCUCGCUUCGUGGCGCGCCCUCGAGACCGCCCAGCGCCUGGGCAAGGUCAAGUCCAUCGGCGUUUCCAACUUUGGCGUCGCGCACAUGCAGGACCUCCUCGAGAAGGCUCGCGUCGUCCCCGCCGUCAACCAGGUAGAGGUUCACCCCUUCUGCCAGCGCGAGGAGCUCGUCAAGCUCUGCGCCGACCAGGGCAUCAAGAUUGAGGCCUACUCCCCGCUGGCUCGGGGCAACAAGCUCGAGGACCCUACCAUCAACGCCAUUGCCAAGAAGUACGGCCAGACCCCCGCUCAGAUCCUCCUCAACUGGAACGCCGCCCGCGGCAACAUUGUCCUGCCUAAGAGCUUGACCGCCUCGCGCAUCCAGAGCAACCUCGAGUCCUUUGAGUUUACGCUCGCGCAGGAGGACAUCGAGACCAUCAACGCUCUCGGAAAGGAGAACUACGUUACCGGCAGCAUGCACAAGUCCGCCGAUUAA